GUAAUCCUUGAUGCCGCUGCCCGUAGAUGCUCACUCACUCAGUCCGGAGGCUGUGCGACCAGGUAUGCACACCGUCCCUGACGACGAUGCUGAUGCAGGGGUACACGUAACCAAAUCGCCCACGCCUGUAACCAGCGACAGCAGCGACGGGGAGACCACCUCGACGCCUUCGCCCGCUCCGUCUGCUCCGAAAGCCGACGAAGUACGCGAGCUGGAGAUGCAGACGACGCCGCGCUGCCAGCUCGAGGACUUCACGCCCUUCGCACGCUGUCACCUGUGGAAGCUAAUGAUGUCUUUCUACGACCGCCAGGGUGUCGAGUCGUGGGCGCAGGGCAUCGUACCGCACUUUAUCACAUCCAACACCUUCAUCGCCAAGCGCUACAGUAACGUAUUGAGCGCCUAUUUCCGAGAUGCUCUUAAGCCUGAAUCGAUGUCACCCGUAGACCCCUCACAACCUUUUUACAUUGUGGAACUGGGCGCUGGGUCUGGCAAAUUCAGCUUCUAUUUUCUCAAGGCACUCGCUCAAAUGGAGAGCGUGCUAGACUUCCCGUUAAGCAACAUCCGCUACGUCAUGACCGACUUCACGGAACAGAACUUCAACUUCUGGAAGACCCAUCCAGCUCUGGCGCCGUUCGUCAAGCGCGGAAUUGUGGACUUUGCCAUCUUCGAUGCCACCACAGACACGGAGCUGCGUCUGUACUCGUCUGGCCAGGUCAUUCGACCCAAUGACCUGAGUAACCCCUUGUGUUUGAUUGCAAAUUACCUCUUCGAUACACUGUACCACGACCUGUUCCAAGUGGACGGUGGCGUAUUGAAGGAAGGUCUGGUCAGUGUCGGUUCCAAGCGUGCAGAGGAGUCGGAUCCUCUCGACCCAGAGAUCAUUAAGCGCUUGAACAACAUUUUCAAGUACGAGCAGAUCGAUGAAGCGUAUUAUGGAGAGAGCAGACCGCACUGCAACUACAUUUUGAGGUGGUAUCACGAGUACUUCGAUCCUGCGUCUUCCGGUGCGACGGUCUUGGUGCCUAUCGGAGCUUUGUCUGCCAUUGAGCGUCUCGCAGCCUUGUCGAAGAACGGGCUCGUGGCUCUAUCAGGUGACAAAGGCAACAACAAUCCCGACCAUUUUCGAGGAGUCAGCGACCCGCAUAUCGCGGUACACGGCAGUUUCUCAGUCAUGGUCAACUAUCACGCAAUUGGCGUGUAUUUCGCCAGUCGUGGAGGGUUUGCGUUGCACAGUCCUCAGGAAGAAGCCAGUCUCAAGGUCUCUGCGUUCGUGCUGCCAGCAAACGCAGCCGGAGAGAGUGAAGCUCUUAGCUCAACGAUGGCGGGGCUGUACGGCGACGGACUGGACGAAGCGUGUGAGAAGCGCAGUCUGAAGUUCCCGUACUUGAAAACGGCGUUUAAAGACGAGAUUGUGUCGUUUGGACCCAACGACUUCUUUGUGAUGCAGAAAUUCACCAAGGAAGAUGCUAAGGCACCGUCCCUGAAGGCUGUACUAGCGCUGAUGAAGCUGAGCGGGUGGGAUCCUGACGUGUUUUACAAGUUCCGCGACGUUCUGUUGGAUCAGUCGCCGACUGCCGCACCCAAACUCAAGCAGGACGUGGUGUACGGUAUCCCGAUGGUCUGGAAGAAUUACUACGCUCUAGAUAAGGAGAAGGACGUUGCCUUUGAGAUUGGUCGUCUCUUCUACGGACUGCACGAAUACGACAGCGCGUUGGCCUACUACACUCUGUCUGCCCAGGAAAUGGGCAAACACCACGUCACAAGUCACAACAUGGGACUGUGUCAUUACAGUAAGAAGCAACUGGAGCUGGCUGCAACCUGCUUCGAGGAGGCCUAUUCGCUCAAUCAUUCGUAUCAAAAGGCGGCUACUUGGCUCCAACGUGUGCGCAAGGAACUGGACAUUGUGGCUGAUGGUGUUGCUGUUCUGUCUGGCCAGCCUACAAUCACACGCACUGGGAGUUUGGUGGCGGAACAGGUUGUACUGGCCAUGCCUGAUGACGGUGACAAGACGCGAGUUCAGAACGGUACCAGCAACGUAUAAGGUGUUCGUCACGCGUAGUUCUCAGGUUGAUAGGAGACUACGAUAGCUACUGCGCCAUACACGCCUCACUUUUAGGGGCAUCUACAACUUUAAAGAGCCUAGAUUAUUCUGUUGA